AUGGGCCCAGCGGGCGCGCAGCUUCAGGAUGGCUGGGAGCGUUGUGGGCCGCAAGGCCGGCAGCCCCAGCGUGGAGGGCCCUCGGAGGCCUGGAUGGUUUGGAUUCGGCUUCCGCGGCUUCGGGCAGGCCCUGGGCUCGGCGCAGGGCCCGCGGAGCAGCCUACACACGCCCGAGCCGCUGGUGCUGGAAGACAUCAGAGAGAGAGGCCCGGAGAAGGCCCAGGCGGCGUUGAACGAUGUCCUCCAAGUGCGGCCAAGCUGGAGCUUCACCGGCUUCUUGACUCGAGACAGGCGCCUAGUGCUGUCGGGCUCCGUGAACGGCCGGCUCUCCCGCUGCGGGGACUUGCUGGCCUCGGAGCAGCAUCUGCUCGUGCUGCGUACGGAGGCCGAGGGCACCCCCUUGGAGGUGCAGGCCUGGGCCACAGGCCCCGAGCUGCAAGGGGAGCCCCUGUGGACGCGACGGAUCCAACGUCAGGAAGGCCAGGAGAAGGAUUCUGGGUCUGGGGACCAGGCUGGCGGUCACGAAGGAGGCCCCCUGGAUCCUGCCGUGCUGCCCUUAGUGCCUGAGCCGGGGUGGUACGUGAGCCCCAGGCAGCCUUUCUCCCGGCGCCUGUCCCCUGAGCUGAAGGCCCGCCAGCUGGUGCUGGGGGCAGAGCAUGCCCUGCUGCUGGGUGGAAUGGGGCAGGUGUACACGUGGGGCACAAGCAGACUCGGCCAGCUGGGCCACGGGGCCCUGAAGGCAGAGCGGGCACCCCGGCCGGUGGAGGCACUUCAAGGCCUCGCCAUGGCCCAGGUCGCGGCUGGCGGCUGGCAUUCCCUCAGCGUGAGUGAGGCUGGUGAUCUCUAUGUCUGGGGCUGGAAUGAAUCUGGGCAGCUUGCACUGCCUUCCAGAGCCAUAGCAGAUAGAGAGAAGCCAGUGGCAGGUGCUUCUGGGCUCUGCUCGUGCAGUCCUGAAGCAAAGACACCAGCCAAGGAUGGGGAUGGAGAUCCUGCUCAGUUCAUAUCAAUUCAGCCUUUCCCAGCAUUACUGGAUCUUCCCAAUGACUCAGAGGUCAGCAAGGCCAGCUGUGGAUCCCGACACACAGCUGUGGUGACACGAGAUGGUGAACUCUACACUUGGGGUUGGGGCAAAUAUGGACAACUCGGUCACAAGAAUACAGCCAGUUUGGAUCAGCCCCAAAGGGUGGACUAUUUCAAAGACAAUCUGCUCCAUGUGGAAGCUGUGAUCUGUGGCCCAUGGAACACUUAUGUGUAUGCUGUGGAAGGGAAGACCUGACCGUCUAGCCAACUGAACACAACUCCAUUGGAGGUGAAGAAUCAAUUGUGUGUUCCUAUGUCUUUUUAUAGGUACAGAAAACAAAUUAGGGGGAAAAGGGUAACACUUGGCCCCUGUUUACAUCUGCAUUGGUAUUGGCAAUUAUUAGCAAGGCAAGAAACCAACAGGUUUGGGGCACGCCUAGUUCUAAGUUCUAAUUCAACCUUAAAACUUACUUUGUUAAAAAUCUUGAAAACAAACUUUCAGGUAAAAUAUUUCAGGUCUCCUAAAGUUACCUUCUAUCUUUGGCAGUUUUGAAAUGCUAAUGACAGACAUGUAUACCUUUUAACUCUAGCACUGAAAAGCUGUUACAGUUCUAUACAACUUACCCAUUUAUUAGAUGGUUGGUUUCAGAAGUUCUGCUGUACUUUAGCCAAAAAAUACUCAUAAGCUAAGCCUCUGGUAGUGUACCCCUCUCCAGAGACCAGCAAUACCAGGGUAAUUCCCAGGAGGGAGGCCAGAGGCCGGAGGGGGGGAGGCGGCAGGGGCGGGUGGAAGUCUGCAGGAAAAAUGUGAGAUGGGAAGAAAUGAAUUUGUUUUGGCUAUCCUUUUGAAGUGUUGGAAAAGGGGUUGGAAAGUAUUCAUAGGAAAACCAAAUAAAUUGAGGCAAGGGGGAAGACCUGAAAAAAA